ACCACCAUCAGCCCAUCCCCUUCCUCUUGCCCGGCCUCCUCACACGAGCAGCUAGCUAGCUGCCUCGGCUUCUCGCGCUGCAUCCAUCGGUAGAGGCGACUGCUAGAGCUCGUGAGGAGGGAAGAAAUGUCUGCCAACGACGGAGACAUGAAGAUGAGGGUGAUCCUCGUGGAAGACGAGGAGAUGGCCGCGCCGACGCCGCUGCCGCCCAAGCAGGACAAGUGCUGCGAGUAUACCCUCGACGGCUCCGUCGACAUCAAGGGCCGCCCGGCCGUGAAAGGGAAAUCGGGAGGAUGGCUUGCCGGCGGCCUCAUCCUCGUGAACCAGGGCCUGGCGACGCUGGCCUUCUUCGGCGUGAACGUGAACCUGGUGCUGUUCCUGACGCGGGUGCUGGGGCAGAGCAACGGCGACGCCGCCAACAACGUCAGCAAGUGGACGGGCACCGUGUACAUGUUCUCCCUCAUCGGCGCCUUCCUCAGCGACUCCUACUGGGGGCGCUACAAGACCUGCGCCAUCUUCCAGGCCAUCUUUGUGCUCGGCCUCGCGCUGCUGUCGGUGUCAUCGCACCUCUACCUGAUCAGGCCGGAAGGGUGCGGGAUGGAGCACGCGCCCUGCGGCCCGCACUCCGGCAAGGAGUUGGGGAUCUUCUACAUCGCGCUGUACAUGAUCGCCUUCGGCAACGGCGGGUACCAGCCCAACGUGGCCACCUUCGGCUCCGACCAGUUCGACGAGGAGGACCCCGCCGAGGCGCACUCCAAGGUCUCCUUCUUCAGCUACUUCUACCUCGCCCUCAACCUCGGCUCGCUCUUCUCCAACACCUUCCUCAGCUACCUCGAGGACGAGGGCAGGUGGGCGCUGGGUUUCUGGGCCUCCACCGCCGCCGCCGCCGCCGCGCUGCUGCUGUUCCUCAGCGGGACGCUCCGGUACCGCUACUUCAACCCCGGCGGGAACCCCAUCGGCAGGGUCUGCCAGGUCGCCUUCGCCGCGUGCAGGAACUGGAAGGCCGGCGCGUCGCCUGGAGUGGUCACCCUGUACGAGGGCGACGAGAAGACGGAUGCCGGCGGCAGGAGGCUUCUGCACACGCAAGGCUUCAGUUUCUUGGACCGCGCGGCGCGCGCGGACACGGACUCCAAGCUCGGCAAGCGCGACCCCUGGAAGCUGUGCACGGUGACGCAGGUGGAGGAGGUCAAGAGCAUCCUGCGGCUCCUCCCCAUCUGGCUCUGCACCAUCCUCUACUCCGUCGUCUUCACCCAGAUGGCCUCGCUCUUUGUCGUGCAGGGCGCCGCGAUGCGCCGCACCACCCCGUUCGCCGGCUUCUCCGUCCCGCCCUCCAGCAUGUCGGCCUUCGACAUCCUCACCGUCGCGGCCACCAUCUUCCUGUACCGCCGCGCCAUCUGCCCGUUCCUGGCGCGGCUCACUGGGCGCCCGGCCGGCCCCACCGAGCUGCAGAGGAUGGGCCUCGGCCUGGUCGUGGGCGCCCUCGCCAUGGCCACGGCCGGGACGGUCGAGCACUUCAGGAAGGCCGGGGCCACCGCGGCGAUGAGCAGCGACCUGCACAUCAUGUGGCAGGUGCCGCAGUACUCUCUGAUCGGAGUGUCGGAGGUGAUGAUGUACGUCGGGCAGCUCGAGUUCUUCAACGACCAGAUGCCCGACGGGCUCAAGAGUUUCGGGAGCGCGCUCUGCAUGAUGUCCAUGUCGCUCGGCAACUACUUCAGCGACGUCAUCGUGAGCGCGGUGACCAGGGUCACCACGACGCGCGGCCGGGCGGGGUGGAUCCCGGCAGACCUGAACGAGGGCCACCUCGACAGGUUCUACUUCCUGCUCGCCAUUAUCGCCGUCGCGGACUUCGCGGUGUACCUCGUGUGCGCGAGCCGCUACGGGAGCGGCAAGGUGGACGGGAGGAGCAGCGACGACGAGGAGGAGGGCACGGCCGGUCAGGUGGAAAUCCCCGGCGCCGAACGCAUGACGUGAGACUGUACGUCUACGGCGGGCGUCAUACGCAGGGCGUUCUUGAGAUGGAGACUGCAAAUUUCGAGGGGAACUGGUUUAGCACGACGAGUCUUUCAUUGAUGAUAGGACAAGCAUGGGGAGGGGGAUGCUGAUAUGACUAAAGAAUAAGGACCAGCAAGUAGGUGGUUGUUUUGAUACUAGUGCUAAACUUUAGCAGUGUCAUAUCGGAUGUUGGGAUGUUAAUUAGAAGGAUUAAACAUGAACUAAUUAUAAAACUAA